AUGCACAAUCCGCCGGAACUACACGAGCAGCACCAGGAGCAGGACGAGCCGCCGGCGGCCUCAGGCUUGGCUCCUCGCACGCCGUCCAUUCUGGUGGUCGACGAUAGUCGAAUCUCGCGCCAGAUUGCAGAGCGCAGCCUGUCUAGGGCAAAGUUUCACGUGGAGGUGGCCCCGGAUGGUGAGGUAGGGUUAGCGAGACUUCAAGCCCAACCGUCGUCUUUCGACCUGAUCCUCCUGGAUGUGGUCAUGCCAGGACUCGACGGUGUGGAGGUGCUGACUCGCGUCAAGCAAGACCCCCAACUGAGCCAUAUUCCGGUGGCGAUGUUGUCCGGCCUGGAGAGCGAAAGGCUGGAGGAACUGUGCCUACAGCAGGGAGCGGUGGUGGUGCUUCGCAAGCCCCUCACCGCGGAGAUGGUGAUCCAGGUGGUGGACGCGUGCUGUGAACAGCGGGAGGGAGCGGCGGCGGGGGCGGGGGCGGGGGCGGGGGCGGGGGCGGGGGAAACUCCGCCGCCCUCGGGGGGGGGAAGCCACAGCCCGCUGAGAGACUUGCCGCCGGGGGUCGACGCGUCGGCCAGCUUUGAGCAUGCAGAGGCGUUUCCUUCGACCGGGGCGGGAUUUGCGCCAGGGGUUCCACCGCCACCAGAAGAACCAUAUCCUGCAGAGACAAAAGUUGCUCUCGGGAGUGCUCGCACCGAGGGGGGUGGGGGCGGGGACCGGGGGUUGUCCGAGAGCCCUUCCCGAAGAGAAUCUGCAUCGUCGACGCUUCCCACGGCGAACAUGGCCGUGUUGGUCGUGGAAGACUCUGUGAUUUCAAGCAAGCUGGCCAUCCGGAAGCUACGGGCGUUAGGGUGCUCGACGAUAAGCGUGGAGAACGGCCGUGCGGCCCUGGACUUGAUGCGGGGCGACCCGGACCGAAUAAGCCUCGUUCUCGCCGACGUCAUCAUGCCCGUCAUGGACGGCAUCGAACUCUUGCGCAUCGUAAAGGACGACCCGAUUCUGCGCAAGAUUCCAAUUGUGGUGGUUUCGAGUCUAGAGAGACGGGAGCUGGUCGGGGGCGCUGGCUGUGCUGCGAAAACCCUUCAGGGCGCUCGAGAUCCAAGAGAUCGCGGCUCAGGCAGGCCUUGCGCUCCCGAAAUCGCCUACGACAGCAGCUAA